UGGAUAUUUGGAAAAUGUUUGUUAAAGUUUUUGUUUUUGUACUUAUAACAGCAUAUGUUACAGCGAAAAUACCUUCCUACUUUCAUGUCUGUGGCCGUAAGGAUCCCAAUUAUGAUCAAUGUAUUACAGAAAACAUAAAAGCUGUGAAAGAUAAGCUUUGUACAGGAUUUCCAGAAAUCAACAUUCCAUCAUACGAACCAAUAGUGCUUGACAAAGUAAUUAUUUUUGACACAAACGAUGUCAAACUUUAUCUCAGAGACAUGAAAGUAUAUGGAUUUUGUGACCUCGUUGUAAAUUCCGUUCGUACAAAUCUUGAAAGAAACCACUUCGAUUUAGACAUCUUAUUUCGACAUCUUUACUUGAACGCUACGUAUGAUUUUGAUAUACGUUUGCUAGUGCGAAUUGCAAAUAAGGGACCGGUUGAAGCUACUUCAGAAAAUGUAAGGAUGAAGGCAGGCAUGGAUCUAAAAACAAUAAUAAAAAAUGACAAGAAACAUAUAUAUGCUUCGAAAGUAAACAACAUUCUCGAAAUAAAAUCAUUUAAACAUAAAUUCAAUGAUGACACCGAAGAAUUAGCUCAAUUACAUUCAAUUUUAAACGACGUCAUAGCCAACAAUAAAAAGGAUGUUAUUUAUGCUAUUAAAUUGGCAAUGGAAGAGACUGUCUCCAAAAUAAUAAUAUCAAUUUUCAACGUCAUAGCCCGCUCCAAUUACGAGGAAAUAUUUCCAGAAAGAACAUGA